CCCGUCCCGCGUCCCUCGACCGCGCCGCCUCCUAGCCGCCGUUGCCCCUUCCUCCGCGCGACCGCGCACCCUCCAUCGCCGCCGCCCCACGCCCCCUCCUCGCCGCCCUCGACCGCCGACGCCCCGCGCGCCCUCCACCGCCGCCGCCUCCUCGCAGCCCCGCGCGCCCUCCACCGCCCUCGACCGCCGCCGCCUCCUCGCCGCCCUCGACCUGCGCCGACGCCCCUCGACGCCCUCGACCACCGCUGCCUCCUCGCCGCCCUCGACCGCCGAUGAAUCCUAGACCCGCGCCCUGCGUCCUGCGUCGCGCACCGCCCUCGACCGUCGACGCUGCGACCCGCGCCGCCUCCUCGCCGCGCCCCGCGCCGCCCUCAAUUGCCGACGAACCCUAGACCCGCGUCCCGCGCCGCCCUCGACCGCCACCGUUGCGCCUCGCAGCCGAUAUCUCCCACCCGCGUCGCUGCUCGCCGGCUGCUUCGUCGAUCUGCUCCGUGCCGCCCGAACAACCACGACUGCGCCACCGGGAGACCAACGGCCGCCGUUGGCUGCUUCGCCGAUCUCCUCCGCGUCAUCGGGAGACCGAUGCCCGCUGCACUUGGCUCACUCUCCCCAAUCCGCGCCACCUCCGCCGGUCACGAUCGCCACGGAGGUCGAUCCGUCGCCUCCGCCUCCGUCCUCAACGCCACAGUCUCCCUCUAUAGUCAAGUUCUUAUAAAAUUUGGGAAUGCAUCUCUGUUGAACCCGGCUGACCUGACCCUGCAACAACGCCUCACCAACCGUCGCUUAUCUCCGCUUGGACAACAUAGUCAACUGCCAUCUGCUCAUUUCACGGAUAAGGAGACUAGGAGAGUGAUAGGGAGGAUCUGCUACUUCUUUGCCGGAUCUGCCACUUCUUGCAAUCAGCAAACAUACAAAUGGAUAAGAUUGUUGGGGCUCCACAACAUCAAGUACAAAAUCAGGGAUAGGCUGUGCGAAUGUGUAUUCAUAGGGAUAGCGUGAAGUUGAGCCACGAUGGCAUGGCUUCUUCGACAGCCUCUCUAGGAGUGGUCGCUACAUGAAGAAAACCGUAAGGCUCCAAAGAAAGGAACAGAAAACCUGGAUCAUAUACACCUUUUUUUUUCUUUUGAUAUCUCUUAUAUAUGUACGUAUGUAGGGAAGGAUUAGUUGUUUUUUAGUAGCGAGAGAUUACAUGAAUAGAUCUAAUCUAAUGGUUUAAAAUAAUAGAUUCACUAGUUUAAGUGUAAAUCGAUCGAUAGCUAGAUGUUUUGCUUUUCCCUUAUAUUUUUUCUUAGAUUUUCUCUUAUUUAUUACAACAUUAUGUGGCAUCUUAGAAGUAUUUGAGUGGAGUGUAGGACCGCUAUUGUUUGAUGGUU